AUGGAACCAGCGUCUGAGCUGUUUGAAUAUACGUCAGGGCGAUGGAUCUGGAACGACGCCCUCAGACAUGCAGAACGAAGACGGUUGUUCAAUGUAUCAGAAUUCAAGCGUCUGGCUGCCUCGUCCGUCAACAGGAGCGCAGGAGAUGUGGCUCGUUUUGAGAAGCUUGGCGAAGGAGGAUUCAAUCGAACCUUUCUCAUUACCAUGCACGAUGGCUUCCAGCUCGUCGGACGAAUCCCCUAUCUCUCCACAGAACCCAAGCAUCUCGUCGUCGCCAACGAGGUUGCUACCAUGCGCUUUCUCCGUCUGCACGACAUACCCGUUCCCGAGAUCUACAGUUACUCGGCCACAUCGGAGAAUCCUGCAGGCACGGAAUAUAUCUUCAUGGAACUAGUACGGGGGACAAAUCUGGGCGACAUUUGGUUUGAUCUACCAGAAAAGCCUAGAAUCAAUAUGGUCUCUCGGAUCGCCGAGUUGGAGGCUCGAUUAUUUGCUCUUUCGUUCCCGGCGAGCGGAAGUCUUUACUACACCAGAGAUCUGGACGCUGCAACCAGGAAAGUUGAAGUUCCUGCCCCCAACGGCUCGUGCAAAGAUGGCUUCUGUGUUGGUCCUGAUACCAGACUUCGGUUGUGGUAUGGGAGAAGAUCGGAACUGGAUGUCGAUCGUGGACCAUUCACAGAUCCCGCAGAAGUUCUCUCCGCUGGAGCCAAAAAGGAAAUGGCGUAUCUGAACAAAUACGGCCGACCCCUUCUUCCUUUCCAACGUCUGUACCGAGAGCUCUACAACUAUCAGAAAGUAUCGCCCUCGGAGCAUGUACAAAAUCUCGAAAAAUACCUGCAGGCUGUACCCAAUAUCAUACCACACGGCGAUUCCACCCUGACUCGCCCAACCAUCAGACAUCCCGAUCUCCAACCCAACAACAUAUUUGUAUCAGAAGACGAUCUCAGUAUCACUGGCCUGAUUGACUGGCAACACUGCGCAUUACUUCCCCUUUUUCUCCAAUGCGGUAUUCCCGACAGUCUUCAAAAUUACGGCGACAGCGCCACAGAGUCACUCCGACUACCGACCCUACCCCCGAAUUUCGACUCCCUGGACGAAAGCGAGCAAUACAAUCAAGUCAUGCUCCUCCGCAAACGUCAAUUACAUGUUUUUUACGUCGCAGCCACAGAGAAGUUCAACCCCAUUCAUUACAAUGCUCUGGCGUACGACUUCAGCGUUUUGCGACGCAAACUUUUCGAUCACGCAAGCUCUCCAUGGGAAGGAGAUAACAUGACUCUCAAAGCCGACUUGAUCAAGCUCAGCCAAAGCUGGUCUGAAAUGAUAACAGGAACGACCUCCUCCUCAAACGAUGCCAAAUCCCCGUGCCCGAUCCAGUUUUCGGAAGACGAAAUCAAACAAUCAAUACACAUCCACACUGAACAACUCGAUUCAGAUCAGCAACUCCAAGCGUGCAAGGAUGCGAUUGGCAUGGGCUCGGAAGGAUGGGUGCCGAUAGACCAGUAUGACGACGCUUUGCAACGUACUAGUUUGGUUAAAGCUGGGAUUCUGCAAGCUGCAGAGUCGGAGUUUGAUAGGAGGAUGAUCAACGAACAUUGGAUGUUUGAUGAUUUUGAUGAGGGGGAGUAUUCUUGA